GUUGUCAGUAUGGCGACUAGAGGCCGGGAAGGUUUUAGCGAUGGUGUGAAUGAUAAACCCUGCCGUGCUUGCACUGAUUUUAAGACAUGGGCUAAAAUGCAGAAAAAGACACUGAACUCUGAGAACGUGCGCGACAAAAACCCAUCACCGCCUCAGCAGCAAAGGACAGACUGUCCCCUGGACAGAGAUGAGUUAGGACGACAGACAUGGGGCUUCUUACACACCAUGGCUGCUUACUAUCCGGAUACACCAUCACAGAAGGAGAGGACUGAUAUGGCACAGUUCUUCACAUUAUUCUCCAAAUUUUAUCCUUGUGAUCAUUGUGCAGAAGAUUUGCGCCAACAACUUACUGUCAGCCCUCCUGAAACCAAGUCAAGAAAAGACCUUUCUCAGUGGUUGUGCAGAAUUCAUAAUAAUAUAAAUGUCAAACUAGGUAAGGAAAAGUUUGACUGUUCAUUAGUUGAUGAGCGUUGGAAGGAUGGUUGGAAAGAUGGAUCUUGUGAUUAGUCCCAUUUUGUUCUCUGCAGAGAAAUCAUUUCUGUGAUACUUCAUUCCUGGAGGAAAAAGUGAUUUUCUGUUAUUUUAGGAGAGCUAUGUGAAAUGAAAUUUAAAUAGUGCUACUGUAGUAUUAUGUAUGUCUGUAUGUAUUAUUUAUAAUUGUGUAUUCACAUAAAAUGUAGAAACUCAGGACCAAUAAUUCAAGAUAUUGAAAAGAUUUUGAAGCUUAACUGAGACUGUGUGCUUGAGUUGAAAUAAAUUUAUUUACUUUUGUGA